AUGAGCGCGCCUCCGACGUCCGGCCUACCCAACGGCCAGAACCCGAAUGGUCAGCAGUCCGCGCAGGCUGGUCAGCCUGGCCAGCCUCGACCCCCUCCGAUCAAACGACGACCCCGCGGCGAUCCUCUCGUUGCCCGUAAACGACCAGGAGCUCCGCGACCGGCCGCUUCGCGACCCCCGCCGGGAGGGUUGCAGACCGCAUCAGGUGCUCGGCCGUCGCCUGGCGCAUCAGGUCAUCAUGGUCUACAGCGGCCCGAAACCGAAGAAGAUGUCAAGGCCAGGAGAGCCGCAAAUGGCGGUUGGCUGGAUCCUGCCCCUCAGAAUAUGAGAGAGUUCAAAAUCGUGACGACAAAGAAGGCGUUGAGAGACGGCGUUCGCCACCACGUCAUGAAACUUUCCUCUGCUAAAGCAGAUCUCGAAAAGAGGGGUAUCGACCCUACAAACCAAGAGGAAUUCACUCGACCCGUCACUCUUCAACGACGCGAUCCACGACAACCCCCUCCGGGCCGCGAAGUGAAGCAGGAACAAGCCGAGCCGCAGCCGGUUGACGAGAAGGAGGCGGAACGACUGGCACAGCUAAAGGCCGAGCGUGAGGCCGUUCGUGCUGUGGAGCUUGCGAAGAGCGCCCCGAGCCUCAAAGACCCCAAUGCCGACAAAAAGGCAAAGCCUAAGGAAAAGGAGAAAGAUGUCCAGUUCCACCGACAACCCAGGUCCGAAAAAGAGAAGAAGCAACAGGAGCUGCGAUAUGAGGAGGCGCUUCCUUGGCACCUGGAGGAUGCUGAUGGUAAGAACGUCUGGGUCGGGUCCUACGUUGCUCCCUUGUCGGAGACCACAAUCUGUUUCGUUGCUACUAGAGAUGGCAAGUUUGCCGCCGUUCCCCUGGAGAAAUGGUACAAGUUCACCGCCAAGCCCCAUUUCAACACCAUGAGGCUCGAAGAAGCCGAGGCUCUGAUGAGCAAGAAGACGGAUGUCGGCCGGUGGUACAUGCGAGACAAGCAAAAGAAGAGCGAGCAGGAAGAAUGGGAGGCCACCAGGCAUGCGCUCUAUGGCCCCGCAAGAAUCAAGACGGAGAGCAGUACCUUCAGGGCCGCUUCUCGGGAAGAGAAGUUGGACCAUGACCAGAUCGACAUGGAGGGCGACGAGUUCCAAGAUGAUGAUGAAAAUCCCGGCUUGGAGCAGGACAACGAUGAGGAAUACAAGGAAGCAAACGACCGCAUUCGUCGCGAUCAGCUUGGCGCCAACCUAUUCGGCGAGGCCGAUGAACGUAGAGUCGAGAAAGAACUGAACGAGUUGAAGAAGGCGGAAGAGGAGCGCCGCAAGGAGGGCAAAAAGACCCAAAAGGCUCUCAUCAAGAGAGAAAAGGAGACCAUCUACCAGUCCGAUUCGAGCGGCUACGAUCCUUUCGAGUCCUCAUCUAGCGAAGAUGAUUCCGACGAAGAGAAACAGAAGGAAGAGAACAAAGACAAGGAGAAGGACGAGGAGAAUAAGGACAAAGACAAGGAUGCCGACCCCAAGGACAAAACAGCAUCCGGCGUCUCUUCCAAGGGCAACACGACUCCGUCUGGCCGACAGAAGCACACAGAUGCCCUGAAGAAGGGCAAGUCUUUGAAGCGUCCUGGAUCCCCCAACCUAUCCGAAUCGAGUGGCAACGAGUCGUCGCGAAAGAAACUGAAGAAGCAUGCCGCGACUUCAGUCCACCAGAGCCGCUCGUCGACGCCUUCGGCUGGCCUGAAGAGCAACUUGGGCAAGGGGGCCAUGAGCGAUGGAGAAGCCACAGGAGGAGAGAUGUCAGACGGCCAGCUCAGAAAGAAAAAGAUCAAGCUCGUUGGCACUGGAUCAAGAGGCACGCCUGUGGGUUCUAGAGCUGGCAGUCCGAUGCCCGCCACCUCUGGUUCUAAACCCGGCUCGCCUCUUCCAGAAGGUUCUCCGGCUCCGCGUGCCGGAUCGCCCAACGGUCCUAUCGAGGCUUGGGAGAUUGUGGACGCUCUGCCUGAGCUGCCUGGUGGCAUUAGCAUCGGCAAUCUCAUGAGGAGGUUUCAAGGCCGUAUUGGUGACGGCCCUGGUCAAAUGGAUCGCAAGGAGUGGAUCAAGCUCGUCAAAGAAAACUGUGCUUAUGGUCCAGACAAGAUUCUGAGACGCAAGCCAACCUAA